CUAAGGGGGGAACCGAGAGCUCCCGCACAAAUUUGCCCAAAGGAAUUUAACACGCCGCUCCCGACACUGGCGAGUGACACCACAGUUUUCUUACUUUGGUACACAUGUCGAAAGGCGUGCCCAUCUCUCAGCGACCCGAGCUGGCGGGAGCCCCGCUGCAGUCCCGGUUAGAUGCCGUCUUUGGCGCGCUCGGCGGACUAGCGCCAGCCCAAGCCUCUGUCCCUGUGCAAGAAGCGCCGGCAUGGUCGCUGCGCUCAGAGGUGCAGCCUUUCCGCUCGGGGCAGGGAAUCGAGGACUAUAAGUAUAGCUCCGAUGAGGAGGAGGACGAACGCGAGGGACUCAAGCCGGUCAUGCCCAGUCGGCUAGUCGACUCCGACGAAGAGGAGGACGCUGGGGGGUGUGCGGGGCGGAAGCCAGGUGCGCCGACAGCGGACCCGGACGCGGAUGAUGGGGGUGUUGCGGCGGAGCAGCGCGCGGCGCGUGAGAAGGAGCGGCUACGAGCAUCCCUGGCCUCUCGCCGGGCCUUUGAGGCCGAGGCGGAGGAAGAUGAGUACGACCGCUUUGCCACCGGCACCUACAGCCUGCGCAGCCGGGGAGCGGAAGACAAGCCGCCUGGCUUUACGGAGGUGCCUCUCGAGAGCGCUUGGGAGCGCAUGCACGCCCGACUGGAGCAGCAGCGACAGCAGCAGGCGGGCCAGCCGCAGGUGGCCGACAGCGGCGAGGCUAUCGCUGCACCCACGGACAUGGAGCAGGAUGCGCCGGCGCCGGCGCCAGCGCCGACCACCAAGGGCGGCGGGGACGCGGGCGAAGACGCAGUUGCGGAGGCUAGCGGUGCUGCAACCGCAGUGCGCAAGAGGACACGUGGAGGCGACGGGCUGAACGCCGGGGCCCGGCUGUUUCAGGCCGCGGCAGCGGCGGCGGGCGCGCGACGGGGUGCGGCCGCGGAUGGAGGCGCUGGGGAAGCAGGGAAGGAGGGCGGUGCUGGCGCAGCUGAUGCGUCGCCGAGUGGGCGGACGGCAGGGGUGUCGCCGGUGAUGGAGGUGGAGGCGGCGGCCAAGCCGCGGCAGCGUGGCGGGCGGCGCGUGCAGUGGGCGGACUCAGGGGCACCCGAUUGGCCUGAGGAUGCAGGGGACGGCGGCGGCGACGACGGCGGCGGUGGCGGCCGCGGGAGGGGCGGCCGCGGCCGCGGCGGGCGGUUGCGACUGGACUGGCUGCGACGCGGCUUUGUGCCGGACCAUGUGCGCAACCCGCACAAGUACACUGUAUACACGUUUGACGAGCCCAUAACGGUGGGCGGCGGCGAGCGCGGCAACGGCCGCAACGGCCACCGUGGAGAUGGUGGCGGCCGCCGGCGUGGCGGCGCCGCCACGGACGCCGCUGACGCGGUGGAAAUGCGACAGGCGCUGGCUGACACCCGGAGUGCGCUGGCGGCCUCUGACGCGGCGGAGCACGACCCAGAGCGCGUGGAGACAACCUUCGGCAGCGGCAUCGCCUUCCGGCCGCGCACACAGCGGCAGCAGCAGCAGCAGCAGCAGCAGCAGCAGCAGCAGCAGGAUAAGCAGGAUGGGGACGGCAAGGAGGCGGCAGCCCAGGAGGAGGGCAAGGAGAAGGCGGGCGAAAGGCGGCCAGGAAGAGGGGCAGUGGCGGCGGCGGCAGCAGCAGCGGCUACUGGCGUGCUGCGCGGGGCGGCUUUCGCGGAUCCAGACGCGGAUGUGGGCGCGGACGCUGAUGCAGGGGUUGCGGGAGGGGCGGGGUCCGGGAGGAGCGGCGGCUUGGCGGUGCGGGGCGGCGGGCGGCGGCACCUGCGAGCGCGCCGCGCGACUGAGGAGGACGAUGGGCCUGGGACAGACACGAUGCAGGAGAGCUGAGGACUGGGGUAUUGUGCAGAUGGGAAGAGAGGUGCAGGUACUGCAGGGGUUGUCCGGGGACCAGAGUUACGGUGGUGCCGGUUGGUCGGCACAGCAGGUGCAUCGGCCGUCACGGGCGUCGUCACGGUGUAACGCUUGGAUGCA